AUGGUUCAGCACCAACUCAGAGGCUACCUCAAAAUCAUGGACGAUUGCUCUUUUAGGGUUUCCCAAUUCGACAUGCUUUCUGGGUCCGAUGUGCACUGGUGGGGUGCACUCGCUCCCGAUUUCGACAACGUUACAAGAGGAUUCAUCAUUUCCGAUCAGAAAUUGAACCAAACUUACGCCAAUUCCACCCUCGUCGUGCGUUUGUUGCAGAACGUUACAUGGGACAUGAUCCAUGUACUGGCCGUGUGGGACCGACCCACGGCCUCGGAUUUCGGCCACGUCGUGCUCGGAGAGUUGACCAAUGCGACGGAGAACGGUGUUCACACGGAGCCAACUAUGUUUGAGAAUUGUAAGGUUUUGUCGAAGGACUUGAGGGUUCGGUGGAGUUUGAAUGUGAAGGAGGAUUCCAUCGAGAUUGGGUUGGAGGGUGCAACUGGUGUUAUGAAUUACAUGGCUUUUGGUUGGGCAAACCCCAAUGCCACUGAUUCUGAGCUCAUGGUAGGUGCGGACGUGGCUGUGACAGGGUUUAAGGAAGAUGGGUUGCCCUUUGUGGAUGAUUUCUUCAUUACUAAGUAUAGUGAGUGUGUGACAAACAGCGAGGAUGGAUCUGCACAAGGGGUUUGUCCCGAUUCAAUUUAUGAAGGACCAGAUAGGGUUGGUUUGGUGAAUGAUACUAGGUUAAUUUAUGGGCAGAGGAGAGAUGGCGUUUCUUUCAUUAGAUACAAGAGGCCAUUGAGUCAAGUUGAUAGCAAAUAUGAUCACCCUGUUGAUCAUUUGGCUAAUAUGACUGUUAUUUGGGCUUUGGGGAAGAUUAGACCUCCUGAUACUCUUCAACCUUACUAUCUUCCCCAGAAUCAUGGGGGUCUUCCGUUUGAGACUUUUGGCCAUUUGGUUCUUAAUGUUUCGGCUCAUGUCAAUGACUGUAUAGGUCCUCUGGAUGCUCAAGAUAAAGAGGAUUUUUCAAUACAGGCUGGGCAUGAUGUUGCACUCUAUGUUACUUCAGAUCCGAUUGGUGGAAAUGCUACUCUGAGGAAUCUGACUGAGACUAUUUAUGCAGGAGGUCCUGUGGCAGAGGGAGUUCAAGCCAGUCCUACAGAAUUAGUUUGGGCUCCUGACAGGAACACUCCUGAUCAUGUCUACUAUCAUUCAUUGUAUGAGAAGAAGAUGGGUUGGAGAGUUGAGGUUGUUGAUGGGGGUUUAUCUGACAUGUAUAAUAACAGUGUUGUUCUGGAUGAUCAACAGGUUACCUUCUUUUGGACAUUGUCGAAGGAUUCCAUAUCUAUUGCUGCUCGUGCUGAGAAAAAGAGUGGUUAUCUUGCCGUAGGAUUUGGAAGUGGAAUGAUAUACAGCUAUGCUUAUGUAGGCUGGAUCGAUGAUAAUGGUGUAGGUCGUGUAAACACUUACUGGAUUGACGGAAAGGAUGCUUCAAGUAUACAUCUUACACAUGAGAAUUUGACAUAUGUGAGAUGCAAAACAGAAAAUGGCAUUAUUACUUUGGAAUUUACGCGUCCCUUGCAGCCUUCUUGUGGUCGGGGCAAUAGGCCGGAAUGUAAGAAUAUUAUUGAUCCCACAACUCCACUUAAAGUUGUUUGGGCGAUGGGUGCUCGAUGGUCUAAUGAACAUCUUAGUGAAAGGAAUAUGCAUUCUUUUACUAGUAGUAGGCCUAUACUUGUACUGCUAAUGCGUGGUUCUUCAGAAGCAGAGCAGGAUUUACUUCCUGUUCUGGCUGUGCAUGGCUUUAUGAUGUUUCUUGCAUGGGGUAUCUUGCUUCCUGGAGGUAUUUUGGCAGCUAGAUACUUGAAACAUUUUAGGGGUGAUGGAUGGUACAAAAUUCAUGUUUACUUGCAAUACUCAGGGUUAGCAAUUGUUCUACUUGCCCUUCUUUUUGCAGUUGCUGAGCUUCGGGGAUUUGUUGUCAGCUCAGCACAUGUUAAAUUUGGAAUUGCUGCAAUAUUUUUGGCUUGUGUACAGCCAGUGAAUGCAUCCUUAAGGCCGCAAAAACAAGCAAAUGGGGAGCAGGCACCCUUUAAGAGGGUUCUUUGGGAAUACUCCCACAUAAUUAUUGGCAGAUCUGCCAUUGUUGUUGGCAUUGCAGCACUUUUUAGUGGCAUGAAGCAUUUGGGAGACAGAUAUGGCGUGGAAAAUGUCCAUGGACUCAAUUGGGCAUUGGUGAUUUGGUUCACAGUUGGUGCAUUGACUGUUCUUUAUUUGGAAUACCGGGAAAAGCAGCUAAAAAGGGACCGGAUAUUUGGAAGAAGUAAUUGGGUGCUUGGUAAUCUUGAAGAAGAUGAGUCCCUUGAUCUCUUGAGCCCAACCAGGAGACCUGCAGAUAAAGAGUCACAAGUCUCUACAAGAAUGGAAGUCCAGUUAGAACCUUUGAACAGAUAGAUGCAUGUUUUUUAACUUCUGAUAGAAAGUCUCCAUUGUUGGCAAAUUUCACAUUCAAUCUGAGUUGUCAGGCUUCUUCGUUAGUUAUGAGGCAUUUUUUAGGGGUAGAGGGAGCACUUGUUCGUUAGUCUCUCUGUACUCAUGUUGCCAUUUUGUGAAGAGUAGCUUUCGUACAGUCACACAUAUUCACAAGUAUAGGUUAUAUCAUUUCUUUAUCCUAGGUGCUAUACUUUUCUUCUUCUUCUUUCUCUCCCCGCCAAAAAAUAAAUAAAUAAAUAAAUAAAACUUACACAAAAGUGAAAGCUUUCUUGUCGAUUAAUGUAGCGUAGUUUCUGUUCGAUAAUAUA